AUGGAAAAUAAAGCGUUCGACCAAACGGAUGAAGGGUCCGUCGCGACAAACACAGAAGAGAAAAAUGUCAGAAGUUUAAGCCCUCGUGCCAAACCUGAGACGAGUGUAGCGGAGAGUGAAUCGGAAUUAAUAUACAAAAUAGAUGAUGUUCCUCCUUGGUACAUGUGUAUUCUGUUGGGUCUUCAGCACUACUUGACAGCAUUCGGUGGCAAUCUGAUACUUCCAAUUGUUGUGGCAAACUCAGCGUUUUAUCUUUCUGUGAAUAACACUCUACCUGAUGUUGGCAGUGAUGGUCACCGUGACAUAUGGCAACUCCGUCUCCGACAGUUCCAGGGUUGUCUGAUGGUCGGCAGCCUGAUCCAGAUCUUCAUCGGCUUCAGUGGGUUAAUGGAAGUGUUUUUAUCUUUUGUUGGUCCUCUUACCAUUAUGCCUACAAUCACUUUGAUUGGACUUGCGCUGUUCGAAGUCGCAACUAACUAUUCUGCCGGACAAUGGUACAUUGCUUUGCUGACGACCGCACUGAUCUGUAUAUUUUCACAAUAUAUGAAAAAUAUUGAUGUUCCCUGUUUCACUUACAAGAAAGGCGGUGGAUGCACAAAGACAUCUCUUUCCUUAUUUAAAAUGUUUCCAGUAUUAUUUGCUAUUUUCAUAUCCUGGCUACUCUGUUACAUUCUCACCAUAACAGACGUCUUCCCCAAAGAGAAAGGCGAAUGGGGUUAUGCCGCCCGAACUGAUCUUUACAGUGAUGUACUUUAUAAAUCAGCUUGGUUUCGUUUUCCAUAUCCAGGUCAGUGGGGAAUGCCAAGCGUCAGUACAGCAGGCGUACUGGGCAUUUUUGCAGGUGUGUUCGCUUCCAUUAUUGAAUCGGUCGGAGAUUACUAUGCAUGCGCAAGAAUGGCUGGUGCACCACCCCCACCUGUUUCUGCCAUCAACAGAGGAAUUGGAAUAGAAGGUAUUACUUGUUUUUUGGCCGGUGCCUGGGGAGCUGCAAGUGGCAAUACAUCCUACAGCGAAAAUAUCGGUGCCAUCGGCAUCACCAAGAUUGCAAGCCGAAGAGUGAUCCAAGUUGGUGCUUUCGUGAUGAUACUACUUGGAUGCUUGGGUAAAUUCGGUUCUCUCUUUGUCACAAUCCCUCAGCCUGUGAUUGGUGGAAUUUUUUUCGUCAUGUUUGGAAUGGUUGCUGCUAUUGGAAUUUCCAACCUUAGGAGUGUCUCUCUGGAUUCUUCCCGAAACCUUUUCGUGAUUGGAACUUCUCUUCUUCUCGGCUUGUCUUUACCAAUGUGGAUACAACAGAAUCCUGGAAAGAUAAAUACUGGAAGUACCGAAUUUGACCAAAUCCUUACCGUACUGCUAGGAACAAACAUGUUUGUUGGAGGAUUUUUGGGUCUUUUCCUUGAUAACACACUGCCAGGUACAGAUGAAGAACGGGGAAUGUCGUACUGGAAAAGUAUGCGUGAACAAACUUCGGACGAGAGCCAAGAACUGAAAAUAUACAACUUACCUGCUUGUUUUCAACGGCAAAUGGACAAGGUCCGUUGUUUCACCUUCCUGCCUUUCUGUCCCGGCUACAAUUCUUACUUUUCCCGCGCCAUAAAACGCAUCUGCAAAUGCUGCAAGACAAAUAAAGAUGCUGAACGAAAAUAUACUGUGAACGAAAAUAAUGGAAAAGAUUUGGAAGCAAUUGAAAAGAAAAACCAGUUAAGAGAAGUUACUAUUUAG